UUCAAGCUGUUAGUAGCUAGUGAGCGUAUAGGUAGAGGCGCUAACGAGUGUUUCCGUCCUGAUGGUCCAGGUUUCAGGUAGAUGCAAUGGAAGAACCGAUUCACGGUGGUACCCACCUGGACUCACCGUUGCACUUCUACAAGGAUGGCUGGGAUGCCUCUCAGAUACCGCUCGAGAGGCUGCUUUUUUUGCCGGUGGUAUCCGUGGAUGUACGGCCACAGGCAGAGAUGAAUCCAGAGUACCUGCUGUCCGUGGACGAUAUCUUAGAGUGGGAAGAUGAGUACGGGCACCUGCCAAACGGCUGCCUCUUCCUGGCUCACACUGGGCACUCCAAGCACUGGCCCAAUCGCACGGCGUACAUGGGCAUAGACAAGAACGGUGACAAGCAUUUCCCAGCGCUACAUCCGGAAGCGGCUUCCUUCCUAGCUACGAAGCGCAGUGUUUACGGCGUAGGCCUUGACACGCCCUCUGCGGACGCUGGCAACGGAUCUGCCGCGCACCGAGCCCUGAUGAGCAUCAACGUGUUUAUCCUGGAAAACCUUGUCGGCCUGGAAAAGUUACCGGCCCGGGGAGCGUACGCCCUCGUGCUUCCGCUUAAACUCGACGGCGCCAGUGGUUCACCUGCGCGCGUGAUCGCCCUAGUUCCAUAAGGUGUUCAGCAAGAGAAACGCAUCACCCUUAUUAUAUGAAUGAAAUGAAGUAAAGAAAAAAAAAACAACCAAGAAGUAGUUAUCUUCUUCGUUCGCGCUUGACAAAAUCUUCUAACUAGACAGGGGCU